AUGGCGGGCUCAGAAAGACAAUCGAAGACCGGCGCCACAGGAAAGCGCCUGCAGGAGGCGAACAAGAUUAAUCUCUCCUUGACCACUCUGGGGAAUGUCAUUUCUGCCCUCGUGGACGGAAAAUCGACCCAUGUGCCCUACCGCAACUCCAAACUCACUCGCCUUCUGCAGGAUUCCUUGGGUGGAAACUCCAAGACGGUCAUGGUGGGUGGCAAUAUAGACAGCAGCGUUGGCCGUCUUUCUGCCGUUGGCCAACCUCCUCCCUACACUUUUUUCUCGUUCGCUCUCUCCCUCUCUCCCCUUUCAAUCCGCCGUCGGCGUUACCAAAACAGCGUUGCAGAAUCAAAGUCGGUCAGUACCCUACGCUAUGCACAUCGUGCCAAGUCUAUAAAGAAUAAGGCCCGAGUUAAUGAAGACCCCAAGGAUGCACUUCUUCGCCAAUUUCAAAAGGAGAUUGAAGAAUUACGGAAACAACUAAACCAAGGUCAGUUCUCCGACGAUAUACUUUACAAGAUACGUUUGUUUAACGGGACAACCCGAUUUGAGUUUGACAAACUGCGGCUGAUUAGCAGCCAAGUAAAUGAAAUAUUUAUGCUACUUGUUUUUCAGCUUACGGCUUUUCCCACGCGGUGA